GUAGGAACAGACAAAAACUGUGUUUUAACUUUGUUUUUAAAAUUUGAAAGUCAUUUUUAAAAACAUUUUAAUUUAAAAGUAGUAUUUUUAAGAUUUUUCAUUUUCACACCAGUUCAUAAUGGCAUCUGGUUCAAUAUACGACGCUGCACAUAAGGGAGAUUUUGAAUAUGUUUCCCAAAAGAUUGAAGAGGAUCCACUAAUUAUAAAAGCACCAGACUCUAGUAAAAGGCUUCUAAUUCAUUGGGCAGUUCUCAGCGGAAAUGUAAAGCUUGUUACUCAUUUACUGGAACUUGGAUCUUCUGUGAACCCCUCGGAUGAUACAGAUAUGACACCAUUAAUAUUAGCUUCAUCGGCUGGCCAUACCGAAGUUGUCAAAUUGUUAUUAAAAAAAUGUGAUGAUGUCAAUCAUAAAAAUGCACAGGGUCAUUCAUCACUUCAGUAUGCAGCCUCCAAAGGUUGGACCGAGAUCUGUGCCCUAUUACUUGAAAAAGGGGCUGACGUCAACAUUAAGGAUGAAAGAGGCAGCACUCCACUGCACCGAGCAGCCUCUAAGGGUCUCCUGUCCGUUCUAGGACUUUUACUGUCUAGUAGUGACAUUAAAGUAAAUGUUAAGGAUAUUUAUGGUAAUACUCCCCUUCAUUAUGCUUGUGAGGAGGAUAGAAAAGAAGCAGCUGUUAUGUUAGUUGACCAUAGAGCUGAUGUUGAAAUCAAAAAUAGGGAGGAUAAGUCGUGUUUGGAUUUGUGUACACCAGUUUUAGCUAGGCUUCUAAAAAGUAACGCAAAGUGUUAGAUGAUUAUAUAAGAUUAAUAAAGUUUUAUUUUAAGAUUAAA